CACCAAUCAUCCACCAUACUAACAGGCCUGCAAGCGCGUGGCCAGUUCGACUCUCUUCACUUUCUCAGAGCCUCUUGAUCAUCCCACAAACGCACCCCACAAAUUUCAAGUUUCAACUGAUCAUAAUCGCCAAUGGAAUUGCCAACAUUGCCAACGCAAAUUUGCGCAUCAGUCCCGUUCGAUCACGCUAAAGCAGACGUUAUCUUACGAUCAGCUGAUGGCGUGGAGUUUCGAGUUUUCAGGCUCUUCCUCUCCCUUGCCUCUCCGUUCUUCGAAACAUUGUUUGACCUCCCUCAGGCUCCUGACGGGGCUUCCGAUCAAGAGAUGAAGGAUGGCUUAGCAGUAAUUGCCGUGCCUGAGGACAGCAAAACUCUAGAUACGUUUCUCAGGUUUUGCUAUCCAUCGACGCUGGCGGAAGAUCCCUCUCUUGACAACCUCACAGAGGUUCUUUCUGUACUCGCAGCUGCGAAGAAGUAUUCACUAGACCUGAUCGAGAGGAAAGUAUGUCAAGCUCUGGCGAAUCCCAAGGUUCUUGAGACAGACCCCCUUCGCUCCUUCGCCAUUGCAAGGAAUGCGCGGCUCAAGCAUGAAACCAUCACCGCUGCCAGAUACAACUUGCGACAACCCUUAAUUCCUGCGUUAUUUGCAGAGAUCAACCUGAUCACCGCAUCCGACCUUCUUGCCCUACUAACAUACCACAAAAAAUGCAUCAUCUCCGUACAAAACCUAAUGAAGAAUCUCCAAUGGAUGACGGAUCAUUAUCGCAAUACGAAUGGCUGCAGUUGGGUGUUCAGUAAUUCCUCCUACAACGGGAAUUACUGCCGCUGUGGACAGGGUACCGACAAAAGUUUCUUUCCAUGGGGUUCCACUCCAGUUAUAUGGUGGACAACAUAUAUGCAGGAGGUAUGCGAGCUGUUACAGGAUAGCCCGUCUGGAAAUACUGUGAGGACGGCAGCGGACAGGACAAUCCAAAAGGUCAGAAGUAGUACGAACUGUGUUGUUUGCCCUGGCCGGGUAAAAGAAGGCAUGACGGAGUUCAGUAACUUGCUUGCUCUGAAAGUCGAAGAGGCUGUCGCUCUGAUCGAGCUGAAGAUGGACUUCUGAUCGCAACUAUCCUCAUCCGUGAGGCAAUAUACAAUACUGUGAUAAAACACGUUCUUGCCAUCAUCUGGCAGAUCAUGUCUAUAAACUCGUACCAGCACUUGGCCAGUACCGUUCCAGUGUCCAAUAAUCAUGACUCAGUCAGAUCUAGCAAUUGAACGUUGAAC